AUGGAUUCCAGCCGGAUUAUCAAAUACUUUGACAAACCACGCAAGUGGUCCUAUCUGAGCGCCGCCGUGACUCUUUUCCUUACUUUCAAAGUGUAUAAAAUUUUUCGUGUCCCAUCCAACUUGCGUCACAUACCUGCCGUACCUUAUUGGUGCAUGAUAAAAGCUUUCUUGUCGCAAAAGUCGCCGCAAGAACGCUUCGAACAGCUCACUUUGCCAAUCAUUCAAAGGUCAAAGGGCAUUUACUUGAACAAAGUACCUUUCGAAUGGACCGUUUAUGUUGCAGAUCCAAUAGCGGCUAAAACCAUACUUAACACAAGAGAUAUUCCCAAGGACCAAUCUGUUUUCCAUAAGCUUGCGGACUCAACACCUGUUGUCAGGCUUUUUGGUCAUGAAAAUCUCCCGCUUAGCAAUGGGAUUACAUGGAAGAAGCAACGAAAGCUGAUAAAUCCGGCUUUCAGCCGAGCUGUGCCGACGGACGCUUUGGGAAACGUGAUGCUCCGAGUCUACAAAAACAUAGACAACUAUGACGGAAAUCGUGUCGAGGUUCUGCAACUGAUGCGCUUGAUGAGUUUGGAUGGAGCCGGAUUGGCAUUCUUUGGACUUGAUUUCCAGGCGUUGGAUGGAAAGGAAGCAGAGUGGACCGCAUUACAGCGUGAGCUGCUCAAUGCAUUAAUUGAUCCCGUUCAAUACGUAUUUCCAGGCAUGAGUUUCCUUGCAUCAAAGAUUUUUCCUCAUCUAAAAUCAAGCAACGACGCCAUCGAUGUCCUCAAUCAACUCAUUUUAAAGAAAGCACACGAGAGACGAUCUAUGCUUCAAACACAGCAACCAGAACAAAGUGGAAGCACGCCAAACAGUGAGAUAGACGCUCUCACACUGAUGGUAGAGGCAGAAAUGAAGGAUGAAGAGGCUUGUCCAAUGGAAGAAUUAAGAGCAAACACGGCCAUCCUUUUCGUAGCCGGAUACGAAGUAAUAUGUCACGCUAUCGCGUUUUCUAUUUAUCAUUUGGCCGCUCACAAAGGUAUUCAGGACAAAGCUCGUAGGGAAGUACUUGGCAUACUUGGAGAUGAACCAAAGGAUGUUAUUCCUACCUUUGCCGAAACCCAAAAUAUGGAAUAUAUCCACAUGAUCGCAAAAGAAACAUUGCGAAUAAGUCCGCCGGCAGAUACCAUCUGGCCUCGAGUAACUCAAGAAGACACAUAUAUCUGUGACACCUUCAUUCCCAAAGGCACCAGUAUUAGCAUUGAUAUGCACGCUCUUCAAAACCGUCCGGACAUCUGGGACCAACCAGCCGAAUUUAGGCCGGAGCGCUUUGCAAAAAAUGGUGAACAUGAUCAGCAUGAAGGCUUGACAUGGAUUCCUUUCAGCAGCGGCGAUCGUAAAUGUAUUGCUACCAAAUAUGUAAUGACGCAACUAAUUGUGUGCCUGGCAAUGUUAUUACGGAAAUACGAAUGGAGUGUUCCCGAAGAUUCGCCACAUCCUGCCUCUGACACGCUAUUCAGCACAUUCCCCGCAUCUUUUGCUAUUAAUUUCAGCGCACGCUACUGAAAAUAAAGCCAUGCGGUGAACAAUGGCUCUGACAAGAUGUUUACUUUAAGCUUCCGAAUCCAAUAAAACCAUUUAAUCAAUGACCAAGAAAGGUCGCCCAGCUUCAUUGGGAGAGCCGGCUGCUGAAGCAAUGUCCGUUAGAAGGUCUUCCCUUCUCGUUCGAGUAGUUGAAUACAGUCACUGUGGUAAUUCACUGCUUGUUUGUAAUUAUCCAUUAUUGGCUCUUGACCAACAACUAACAAGCUAGAAAGUCUCGAAAAAGGAUGAUGCAUUUAUCACACGUGCCUCGCAUCAUAAAUAAAC